AUGGAAAACAACCGAUGGCCUUAUCUGAAAGGAUGUGCAUCUCGCAAAGACAUCUUCCCUCUCAACGUCCGCAAGGUGUCAGACAUCAAUAUAGAAACCCUGGAAGAGAGACAACGGGAAAACUCAGCAUUGAGGCAGGGAUCAGAGCCCCGCCAUUUCUCUUCUCAAGACCUACAUCUAGGUCCAUUGAGAAACGAGGAAGCGGGCACUUCAGGAGGCGGAACGGCAGCUGGGGUGACGGAGGCAGUCACCAACGCCCCUCACUCCCCCAUUCUAGAGUCUUCAACUACAAACAAAGGGACACUCGAACACAUACAAUUCUUUCUUGCAAUGUCUUACAGUGAAGAGAAAGACGUCCCUGAAAACAGCCCACGGCGGUCUUCUUCCUCACAAGACCUUGAACACUGUCCCUUGACCGGUGAAGAUGGCCUCUAUCACGUCAAGGAACGACGGAGAUGGCGCAUCCGAUGGCCGUCCAACGACAGUUCGUUAUGGAAGAUUUACUCUCUUUUCAUGACAGCCAUUACCUUGGCCAUGGUUGUCACCGCCAUCCACAACAGCAUACGACCAAUAUGUACAGCUACAGAGAAGCCCGCUCAAUCUUCACACACUACCGACCCUCUUGAGAGCUACCCCCUCCCAGCCGAUACUUGGAAGAAAGAAAAUCUGGUUGAAACCAGAUUCUACCGAGAUCUGCGGUACAUGACUCUAGACCAUGAUUCGGAUUAUCUUUGGCAGGAACACCUCUUCAUGGCUUCUGGUAACAUCAGACUACCUCCGCCUGACGGAAAAGGGAAUGCGUCGCUAAAAGGGAUUGCAAUGUUCCAUCAAAUGCACUGCUUAGCCAAGAUGCGAAUGACCCUCCAACUAGCACGCGAAGGAGUUGAUAUCGGCGUCGAUUGGAGGGACGAUGCGCAUUGGCCGCAUUGCUUUGACUAUCUGCGCGAGUCCAUAUUGUGCUAUGCGGACCCAACUCUGGAAAGCGUAUCACUUCAGCCUGGGCCGGUAGACGAUGGUACCUUUGUGAAGGUCAUUGAUGGUGGAGCGGAGAUGAGGUACUGCCGGGAUUCGAGACCAUUGUACGAACUUGAGAGACAGUAUGGACCAAAUUCGAAAUAUGGGUUUGAGGCUGCAGAGGAGUUCCAGAUUGCUCCUGGGAAAUGAUGAGGGCUGAAAGGCGAGGACCUGGAAAUAGUUUG